ACGCUCACCGCCGACGUGAGAAUUACGCAAAGAUGUGGAUGAUGGGGUGUGGCGACACUGCUAGUUUAAACAACACGUCCGAUUCCUGUCAUGCCACCAGAAGACUCCGACCCAUCAUCCCACGCCCCCACCUCCUCCACUCUUCCCACCACCAUUCCUCCUCCCCGUCCUCCACAGCCGCCGAUUUCCUGCCGUUGAACAUCUCUCCGUCCGGAAUAGAGCAGAGUGGCAGGAGGGCGGAAGGGAGCGGCGCGCAGCAGGCUGUGAGUUCGCGCUGGAACCCCACCCCGGAACAGCUAAGGACGCUGGAGGAGCUCUACAGGAGGGGAACCCGGACGCCGACGGCGGAGCAGAUCCAGUACAUCACCGCGCAGCUGCGGCGGUUCGGGAAGAUCGAAGGGAAGAAUGUUUUCUACUGGUUCCAGAACCACAAGGCCCGGGAGCGGCAGAAGCGCCGGCGGCAAUUGGAAGCGGUAACAGGGGUCGGCAGGGAGAUUGAGAGCUCGGACAAGAAGGACUCUUCGUCAGAUACCAGUUGGAACGGAUACGAUGGGAGCAAGAACUUGGUGGCUUCCAGUUGCAGAGGAGAGGAGAGGAGGGUAGAGGACAAAUGGGUUCGGUGGGAUAGAGAAUUACACGACUACUCCAGGCAGCAGCCGCAGCAGCAGCAGAACCUUGGUGGUGGCUGUGGUAGGACGAUAGUCGCAGCAGCUGCAGCAGAGAGGGAGCAGGCCGCCUCAGCUUUACUGUUGCAGAGGAUGCAGUAUUCUUCCCCCCCAGCAGGUGCCUUGCUCCAGAGCCCUAGAGGUGCAACGGCCGUACGAGCCUGGGCUGGAGGGUGUGAUAGAGAGGAGGAGGUCGGGGAAGCUGGCUGCGGCAGAGAGACGCUGGAGCUCUUCCCGCUGCGCAGCGACUCCUCGGCUGUUGCCGCGAGGCGCUGCUGCCACCCGCAGCAGCAGCAGCGGAUUCACCUUGAGAAUGAUAGUGCACUGAUGAGCUCAUUCGUAGAAGAGCAGCAGGGGGCCCGUGGACGGCAGUUCUUCCAGUUCCUGCCUCUCAAGAACUGAACUCUAACACCCUCUCUCUUUCUCUCUCUCUCUCUGCCUUGAUUUUCUUGGCAUCUGUUCUAAAUUUCUAAUCGUCCAAGAAACUCCUUCACGGAAUGAGGAAGUAGCAUGUUAAGGUUUUGGUUGUGAAGAUGACUCUUUCUCCUCAUUUUCUGGGCAUCUGUUCUUAUCGUCCAAGAAACUGUUUUAUGGGAUUACAAAUUAAGUGGUAAAUAUGAAGGUUUAGUUGUGAA